AUGCGAGCCCAAGCGAAACGUGACCGGCCCAUUCCCGUCUUCGCCCUCCUCACAUCUGCACUGAGGCUGUGGAAAAGUUCCCCGUUGCUGCCUGCAGCUCAUGGGGAGUGCAAGAGCUUGGGGAAUCUGUCAGAAUUUGAGGCAGAACUACAGUCUGCUGGUGGGAAGCUUGUGGUUGUUGAUUUCUCUGCCACAUGGUGUGGACCUUGCAAAAUGAUCAAGCCCUUCUUCCAUAGUUUGUGUGAGAAGUUUGCUGAUGUUAUAUUCAUCGAAAUUGAUGUGGAUGAUGCUCAGGAUGUUGCUGCACACUGUGAUGUCAAGUGCAUGCCCACAUUCCAGUUCUACAAGAAUGGGAAGAAGGUGCAGGAGUUCUCUGGGGCCAAUAAAGAGAAGCUGGAAGAGACCAUUAAACAUCUAGUCUAAUCUCCAAACUAUGGAGACUUGGGAUCAUGACUGCUUCAGCUAAAUUAUAACUUGUAACUUUUCUACUGAAAAUCUAACCAAGCUAUCUAGAAUGAGUCAUGGAAACUGUCCUCAUGAUCUAUGUAAAUGAGUACAAUAAAGUGUAAAUUCUUCACUUUUGGA